UUGGGUAGACAGAUAUUUGUCUUCAUUGACCAAUCUGUUAUUGAAGUUAGAAUACACAGAAGUAACAUCAUAGACUGAGUGCACUUCAAUUGUACCAGUGGGCACAAAGGAGAAAAGGAACUAGAAAUCUCCUAUUACAGUUAUGGAGUUAGGAUGUUGCAACUUGUUCUUUGGAUCAGGUUCACUAGAGCCAUGGGACUAUUUUUUCCACCUUCAAAAGUUGGAAAUUGAUAGAUGCGAUAUGCUCGUCCACUGGCCAGAGAAAGUGUUCCAAAGCUUGGUAUCCUUGAGAAGAUUAGUGAUUAAAAACUGCAAAAAUUUGACUGGAUACACACAAGCUCCUCUUGAGCCAUCAGAAACCGAAAGGAUUCAACACCUGCCAGGUCUGGAGUCUCUUCUGUUAGAAGAUUGUGCAAGUUUGGUAGAGAUGUUCAAUGUCCCGGCAUCUCUCAAGGAAAUGAAUAUUUAUUUGUGUCGUAAGCUUGAGUCCUUGUUCGGCAAGCAGCAGGGACUAUCGGAGUUAGUUGAAGGGUCUUCUUGCAGUGAGGCAAUUGUGCCCACAGCUAUAUCAGGGUUGCCAUCCUCGCCAAUGAAUCACUUCUAUCCAUGCCUUGAAUCUCUGUGGAUACUUUAUUGUGAAAGUUUAUCAGCAGUUCUACGUCUUCCUCCAUCCUUAAAAACCAUAUAUAUGGCUCACAGUAGUAUUCUAGUCCUAUCAUGUCAGCUGGAUGGGUUCCAGAAACAACAAGAAGCUACUUCGAUAAAUGUACCAGAGUCAUCAUCAUCAUCAUCAUCAUCAUCAGAGCAUUCACUUACUCCUUGUCUCGAGUCUCUAGUAAUAUUGUCCUGUGCUGGCAUGUUGGCGGGCAUUCUCCGUCUACCCAUGUCCCUCAAGAGACUGGACAUUCGGAGGACCAAUGGGUUGAUGUCGCUGGAGUCUCUGCACCCCGCAUCGCUGGAAGACCUUCAGCUUGUUAGCUGCAGUACCCUGGCAUCCCUACCGAAUGAACUACAAGCAUACAAAUUUCUCCAAGAGCUUGCAAUUAAAGGCUGUCCUGCUGUAAAGAAGCUCCCCAGAUGCCUUGAGCGGCAACUGGGCAGCAUCAAACGCAAACGACUAGAUGCCCAUUAUGAAGGUAUACAUGUCUUUCUUUGUUUGCCACAUUUAACCAACAAAUGCAGUUAUCCAUCCCAUCUCAUGUACCACGUCAACACUGUAUGUACAAAGUUUGUUCUCCAUCAUUUUAAUGUCAUAUGGAAUUAAAUUUCAUGUUAAACUAGUUUGUACAAGUUUGCUCUGACAUCAUUUCUGAUAUGUGUAGUAAUGGCAUUUAAACGGAAGACAUGGAAGGAAAUACCAAGAAUAGUCAGUGAGUGGAGGAUGGCCGCUCUAGAAACGAAGGAAAGCCAGCCAUUCAUGUUGAUGUAAACAGGUCAGAAACCAUGCAGGACGGGCUUGGAUUUUGUUUGCUUCAAAUAAUUUUAUGUCGUGAUUGUAAUCAAUCAGUUUGGUUCAACUUGUACCCUUGUCUUCUCCUGAUAUUUGUAACGUGAACUAAUUUAUCUCCUUCAAC